CUGUGCGGAUCAAAUAGAAAUUAACCGAACCAACACCAACUCCACUUGCCAAUUUUGUGAAGUUUACACCCCGUGCUCUUCGCAUUUCGCCGUAGUCUGAAAAGUUGCAAUUUUCAAUAAGAUUCUACGCAAUUCAAUUUCUUACACACAAAUAUAAUACCAGAUCAGUUUCCAAAUUCGGUAGUGGGCUGUCAAGGUUAUUGUUUUGCCAGCAUAAUUUCAUUAAGUAAUCAUCAGGAAUGGUAAUGGAGGCUCCCCCUUCACCCCAAAGUGUUGGACGAGAGUUUGUGAGGCAGUACUAUACACUGCUGAACAAAGCUCCUACCCAUCUUCAUAGAUUCUACAACCACCAAUCGUCGUUCGUCCAUGGGGGGCUGGACCCUCCCAACCGCGAGACGAGCCCCGUGAUCGGUCAGAAGCAGAUCCAUCAGAAGAUUCAGCAGCUGAACUUCCGCGACUGUCACGCCAAGAUCACGCAGGUCGACUCGCAGGCGACGCUCGGCAAUGAAAUUGAUAAAAAUGAUGCAUCUACGCAAGUCAUGGUGGAAGUUCCACAACCAAUCAAUCCACCAGCUGUCCAGCCUUACUACAACCCCAACGCCGCUCAGAUUCAGCCUAACAUCCCGGCCGUUCCCAUUCAUCACAAUCAGCAACCACCACCGCAUGUUAUGAACCCCCAACCGGUCCCAACUGUCAACGGAGCUAUUCAUCCUGAUGAAAUCAAUGUUAUGCAAGGACAAGUCCCGCCUCAUGUUCCCACCGUUCAGCCUCAAGGACUCGUUUCUCCCAUGCCGACUAUGCAACCGUCAAUGAUCCAGCCUCCUUUGAACCCACCGGCUCCAAUUGAAGAAUUACAGCAACCCCAAGCCAUUGAAGAUCCGAUCGAGGAGCCAUUGGAGAGUGCCUAUGUUGUCGAGCAACAGGAAAUUGUACCGGAACCAGAUAUGACAGUGAAUGAGUCUGCUUCUAACGAGCCUAAGACCUAUGCCAAUCUACUGAAAUCCGGCAGCACCAUACCUUUUGGAAGUCCUCCGUCUCAGGCUCCUUCAGGACCCGCGCCCGUCGCACAGCCAGCUGCCGCUAGAUCAGUGUCUCCUCCCUCUUCCGGAGGUUAUCAGAAUGUAGGACCUCGCUCUAACAACAACGGCAACAAUAUGAACAAUCGAGGAGGUCCUAGACCGAAUCAACAGCCAAGAAUGCAGAACAGACAAGACUCCGGAAGAAACUCAAUGGGUGGCGGCGGAAGGAAUUCCAUCAAUGAGGAAGGACCUUAUGAAGAUAGACGUCGUUCCCAAAGUCAAAACUUCAACGAUGUUAACCAGCUGUUUUUGGGCAAUUUACCGCAUAUGGCGACUGAAGACGAGCUUCGUGACAUUUUCAGCGAGUUUGGAGUCAUUGUGGAUCUAAGAGUGCACAGCAAACCGCCAAAUAAGAUCGGAGGUGCGCCUGGUGGACGGGCCCCACCAAACUACGGAUUCAUCACGUAUGAGACUCAGCAAGGUGUGCAGAGUUGUCUACAAGCCAAGCCUAUUUUCUAUCCAAAAGAUGACAAGAACGGAACACCAUUGAACGUCGAAGAGAAGAAGACGAAGGAUAGGGAACGUCUCCCUUAUGGUGGCGGUCGCCCGAUGGAUAACAGGGGCAGGGGAGACAACGGUGGGCCGAGACGCGGAAUGGGCGGUCCCGGAGGCCCCAACAGGAACAGCAACGGAGGAGGUGGCCCCCCCGGCCAAAACAACAGGAACAACACUUACAACAACAGAAACAACGGCGGACCACCUAACCGCGGCUCCAACCCCUACAACCGCCGCUAACCUCAAUGUUUCUCCCGUCGUCUGACUGGGUGACGGACGUUGCCGCGUCACUCUAGUUUGUGUGUAAGAAAAGCGUAUGUGGGUCGUGUACAGUGUAUUCGCUAGGCUGAGAUAUAUGCGAGAGCUGUUACUUGUUAGUGCCAACGGCGGAGGACGAACAGUUGCGGGUUAUUUACUUCAAACCAUUGUUUUUUUUUUCGUUUGGUUAGUUUUUUUUCAAUGACUCAUCCACAGUACCGUUGCUCUACAUUCUAUCUGCCAGUCUCCCAAACUGAUAGUCAUUUCUUUUUUUAUUCGUAACUCCGAAGUACUUAUUGGCUGUGUUGUAUGAUAAUUUUGCGGAUUGGUGAAUAGCAAGACGAAUUAGAAGAAUGUUCAGCAAUUGAAGAACGAGGUAUACCAUGACAGGUAAUCCACUACUGGACAUGGUUUGAAUUGAAGGACAGUGUCACAGCUCGUCAGCCGCGCAGGUCGUACUUUGUAUUAAUUACAUACCUGUUAUUUUAUAUAUCGCAAGUAGUAUUUAUGUAUCAUUAUUCAGACUAGAUUCUUACAUAAAAACGAAUACACGCUUUAAUUUC